AUGGACGUCCACACCCGCUGGAAAGCGCGCAGCCCGCUCCGCCCGGGCGCCCCGCUGCUGUCCCCGUCGCUCCUGCUGCUGCCGCUGCUGCUGCUGUGGGCGCCGCCUCCGAGCCGCGCAGCUCAGCCAGCAGAUCUCCUGAAGGUUCUAGAUUUUCACAACUUGCCCGAUGGAAUAACAAAGACAACAGGUUUUUGUGCCACGCGGCGAUCUUCCAAAGGUCCGGAUGUCGCUUACAGAGUCACGAAGGACGCACAGCUCAGUGCACCCACCAAGCAGCUGUACCCUGCAUCUGCGUUUCCUGAGGACUUCUCCAUCCUAACCACUGUGAAAGCCAAGAAAGGCAGCCAGGCCUUCCUGGUCUCCAUCUACAACGAGCAGGGCAUCCAGCAGAUCGGCCUGGAGCUGGGCCGCUCUCCAGUCUUCCUCUACGAGGACCACACAGGGAAGCCUGGGCCGGAGGAUUACCCCCUCUUCCGGGGCAUCAACCUGUCGGAUGGCAAGUGGCACAGAAUUGCUCUUAGUGUCCACAAGAAAAAUGUCACCCUGAUCCUCGACUGCAAAAAGAAGGCCACCAAAUUCCUCGAUCGCAGUGACCACCCCAUGAUAGACAUCAAUGGCAUCAUCGUGUUUGGCACCCGCAUUCUGGAUGAGGAAGUGUUUGAGGGUGACAUCCAGCAGCUGCUCUUUGUCUCGGACCACCGGGCAGCUUAUGAUUACUGUGAGCACUACAGUCCCGACUGUGACACCGCGGUCCCUGAUGCCCCCCAGUCACAGGACCCCAACCCGGAUGAAUAUUACCCAGAAGGAGAGGGUGAAGGUGAGACCUAUUACUACGAAUACCCCUACUACGAAGACCCGGAAGACCUGGGGAAGGAGCCCGCCCCCAACAAGAAGGCUGUGGAAGCUGCGAGAGAAACCACGGAGAUUCCCAAGGAGGUGACCCUGCCUGCCACGGAAGUCCCUCCCGUGCCCGAAACCAGUGAGAGACCCGGGAAGGAGGAGGACCCCGGCAUAGGCAUAGAGGACUACGACUACGUGCCCAGCGAGGACUACUACACGCCGCCCCCUUACGACGACCUCAACUACGGCGAGGGUGCCGAGAACCCCGACCAGCCUACCGACCCUGGUGCAGGGGCUGAAAUGCCCACCAGCUCUGUUGUCGCCUCUAAUGCCUCCAACCCGGCUCCAUCUCCAGGGGAAAGGACAGAUGGCUCGGAGGGGGAGUUCACUGAAGAAACCAUCAAGAACCUCGACGACAACUACUAUGACCCUUACUAUGACCCCACCAUCUCCCCAUCGGAGAUCGGGCCCGGCAUGCCAGCCAACCAGGACACCAUCUAUGAAGGGAUUGGAGGACCACGGGGCGAGAAAGGUCAGAAGGGAGAACCAGCGAUCAUCGAACCAGGCAUGCUCAUCGAGGGCCCACCAGGCCCGGAAGGCCCCGCUGGUCUUCCAGGACCUCCAGGGACUGUGGGUCCCACUGGCCAAGUUGGUGACCCCGGAGAAAGGGGUCCCCCUGGACGCCCAGGCCUUCCUGGGGCUGACGGCCUGCCCGGCCCUCCGGGGACCAUGCUCAUGCUGCCUUUUCGGUUCGGAGGCGGUGGUGAUGCAGGCUCCAAAGGCCCGAUGGUCUCUGCCCAGGAGUCCCAAGCCCAGGCCAUCCUCCAGCAGGCCAGGUUGGCGUUGAGGGGACCAGCUGGCCCAAUGGGUCUUACUGGGAGACCCGGCCCCAUGGGUCCCCCUGGGAGCGGAGGUCUGAAGGGCGAGCCAGGUGACAUGGGGCCUCAGGGACCCCGAGGUGUGCAGGGCCCACCUGGUCCGGCAGGGAAGCCUGGAAGACGGGGUCGGGCUGGGAGUGAUGGAGCACGAGGAAUGCCCGGACAGACUGGCCCCAAGGGUGACCGCGGUUUCGAUGGCCUGGCUGGGCUGCCGGGUGAGAAGGGCCACAGAGGUGACCCCGGUCCCUCUGGCCCGCCAGGACCUCCAGGAGAAGACGGAGAAAGGGGUGACGACGGAGAAGUCGGGCCCAGGGGGCUGCCUGGAGAACCCGGGCCACGUGGUCUGCUUGGGCCGAAGGGGCCUCCGGGCCCUCCUGGACCUCCCGGUGUAACGGGUAUGGACGGCCAAACAGGCCCGAAAGGAAAUGUAGGUCCCCAGGGAGAGCCUGGCCCCCCAGGACAGCAGGGUAAUCCAGGUGCUCAGGGUCUUCCAGGCCCCCAGGGUGCAAUCGGUCCUCCAGGAGAAAAGGGUCCCUUGGGAAAACCAGGCCUCCCAGGAAUGCCCGGAGCUGAUGGACCCCCGGGGCACCCAGGCAAAGAAGGCCCCCCAGGAGAGAAAGGAGGUCAGGGUCCACCUGGCCCCCAAGGUCCAAUUGGCUACCCAGGUCCUCGAGGAGUCAAGGGGGCCGAUGGCAUCCGAGGUCUGAAGGGCACGAAGGGUGAGAAGGGAGAAGACGGCUUCCCUGGGUUUAAAGGCGACAUGGGCAUCAAGGGUGAUCGGGGGGAGAUCGGCCCACCCGGUCCCAGGGGAGAAGAUGGACCCGAAGGCCCAAAGGGUCGUGGAGGUCCCAAUGGUGAUCCUGGUCCUCUGGGACCCUCUGGGGAGAAGGGAAAACUUGGAGUCCCAGGAUUACCCGGGUACCCAGGAAGACAAGGGCCAAAGGGUUCCAUUGGAUUCCCUGGAUUUCCUGGUGCCAAUGGAGAGAAAGGCGGCAGGGGGACUCCUGGGAAGCCCGGACCACGGGGGCAGCGAGGCCCCACGGGUCCAAGGGGCGAGAGAGGCCCGCGGGGCAUCACGGGGAAGCCCGGCCCCAAGGGCAACUCUGGCGGUGACGGCCCAGCCGGCCCUCCUGGUGAACGGGGACCCAACGGACCCCAAGGACCCACGGGGUUUCCUGGACCAAAGGGCCCCCCUGGCCCCCCAGGCAAGGAUGGGCUCCCGGGACACCCUGGACAGAGAGGCGAGACUGGCUUCCAAGGCAAGACUGGCCCUCCAGGCCCCCCUGGCGUGGUCGGCCCUCAGGGUCCCACGGGAGAAACGGGUCCAAUGGGUGAGCGUGGCCACCCUGGGCCUCCCGGCCCCCCUGGUGAACAGGGGCUCCCAGGCCUUGCUGGAAAAGAAGGGACGAAGGGUGACCCAGGCCCCGCCGGCCUCCCCGGGAAAGAUGGCCCUCCAGGAUUACGUGGCUUCCCUGGGGACCGAGGGCUUCCUGGCCCAGUGGGAGCUCUUGGACUGAAGGGCAGCGAAGGCCCCCCUGGCCCACCAGGCCCUGCGGGAUCUCCAGGAGAGAGAGGUCCAGCUGGUGCUGCUGGGCCAAUUGGAAUUCCAGGGAGACCUGGGCCCCAGGGACCUCCAGGGCCUGCUGGAGAGAAGGGGGCUCCUGGCGAGAAAGGCCCUCAAGGCCCUGCUGGCCGAGAUGGUCUCCAGGGUCCUGUGGGGCUGCCUGGUCCAGCUGGCCCUGUGGGUCCCCCAGGAGAAGAUGGAGAUAAGGGAGAGAUCGGGGAGCCAGGGCAGAAGGGCAGCAAGGGGGACAAAGGCGAGCAGGGUCCCCCUGGACCUACAGGUCCUCAAGGCCCCAUCGGACAGCCAGGCCCCUCGGGAGCCGACGGUGAGCCAGGUCCUCGUGGCCAGCAGGGCCUUUUUGGGCAGAAAGGCGAUGAAGGUCCACGAGGUUUUCCUGGGCCCCCCGGGCCAGUGGGGCUGCAGGGUCUGCCGGGACCUCCGGGUGAAAAGGGCGAGACAGGAGAUGUGGGCCAGAUGGGCCCUCCUGGUCCCCCUGGCCCCCGAGGACCCUCUGGAGCUCCAGGUGCUGAUGGGCCACAAGGUCCUCCAGGUGGAAUAGGAAAUCCUGGUGCUGUGGGAGAGAAGGGGGAGCCCGGCGAGGCUGGUGAGCCUGGCCUUCCAGGAGAAGGAGGCCCCCUGGGACCCAAAGGAGAAAGGGGAGAGAAGGGCGAGUCAGGCCCUUCUGGUGCUGCAGGACCCCCUGGACCCAAAGGCCCUCCCGGAGACGACGGUCCCAAAGGCAGCCCGGGCCCAGUGGGUUUUCCUGGAGAUCCUGGACCCCCCGGAGAGCCUGGCCCCGCGGGUCAAGAUGGUCCCCCCGGAGACAAAGGAGACGAUGGUGAACCCGGGCAGACGGGAUCCCCGGGCCCUACUGGUGAACCAGGGCCAUCCGGGCCUCCAGGAAAAAGGGGUCCUCCGGGUCCCGCAGGCCCAGAAGGCAGACAGGGAGAGAAAGGAGCCAAGGGAGAAGCUGGCUUGGAAGGCCCUCCUGGGAAGACUGGCCCUAUCGGCCCCCAGGGGGCCCCUGGGAAGCCCGGGCCUGAUGGUCUGCGAGGGAUCCCCGGUCCUGUGGGUGAACAAGGUCUCCCAGGAUCCCCAGGCCCAGAUGGUCCCCCCGGCCCCAUGGGUCCCCCAGGACUCCCCGGCCUCAAAGGAGAUUCUGGCCCCAAAGGCGAAAAGGGUCAUCCUGGCCUGAUUGGCCUCAUUGGACCUCCGGGUGAACAGGGUGAAAAGGGCGAUCGUGGUCUCCCCGGCCCCCAGGGCUCGUCCGGUCCUAAGGGAGAGCAGGGCAUCACUGGUCCUUCUGGCCCGAUAGGGCCGCCUGGGCCCCCUGGCUUGCCGGGUCCUCCGGGUCCAAAAGGUGCUAAGGGCUCCUCGGGUCCAACUGGCCCAAAGGGUGAGGCAGGCCACCCAGGACCCCCUGGCCCGCCGGGCCCCCCUGGCGAGGUCAUCCAGCCCCUGCCGAUCCAGGCAUCCAGGACUCGGCGGAACAUAGAUGCCAGCCAGCUGCUGGACGACGGGAACGGCGAAAACUACAUGGACUAUGCGGACGGCAUGGAGGAGAUCUUCGGUUCACUCAACUCCCUGAAGCUGGAGAUCGAGCAGAUGAAGCGGCCCCUGGGCACGCCACAGAACCCUGCCCGCACCUGCAAGGACCUGCAGCUCUGCCACCCCGACUUCCCCGAUGGUGAAUAUUGGGUAGAUCCUAACCAAGGAUGUUCCAGGGAUUCUUUCAAAGUUUACUGCAACUUCACGGCUGGAGGGUCGACGUGUGUCUUUCCUGACAAGAAGUCUGAGGGGAGUAAAAUGGCCCGCUGGCCCAAAGAGCAGCCCUCCACCUGGUAUAGUCAGUUCAAGCGAGGGUCCCUGCUCUCCUACGUGGACGCCGAGGGUAACCCCGUGGGCGUGGUGCAGAUGACCUUCCUGCGGCUGCUGAGCGCCUCUGCCCACCAGAAUGUCACCUAUAACUGCUACCAGUCGGUGGCCUGGCAGGACGCCACCACGGGCAGCUAUGACAAGGCCAUCCGCUUCCUGGGAUCCAACGACGAGGAGAUGUCCUAUGACAACAACCCCUACAUCCGUGCCCUUGUGGACGGCUGUGCUACCAAGAAAGGCUAUCAGAAGACAGUGCUGGAGAUUGACACCCCCAAAGUGGAGCAGGUGCCCAUUGUCGACAUCAUGUUCAAUGACUUCGGUGAAGCAUCACAGAAAUUUGGAUUUGAAGUGGGGCCGGCUUGCUUCAUGGGUUAGGAGCCGCCGAGCCCUGGUCUCCGGAGAGCAACCUCGUGACCUCAGCACGCCCUUUGUGAGUGUCCUGUGCACGUUCCGAUCCUGGACAGUGAAGGUUUCUCGCUCCCCUCCCUCCCGACUUCAUCUGCGCCCCAGCACCACGUGGCGCGGGACCCCAAGCCCAGAGACAGAAGAAAGGGAACGAGCCGCCGAGUCCCCGCCCUGGAGCCGAAUCACAUGACCUAGCCCGCCACAGCCUCUCGGCCACGUCCCACAUCUGUCUACGCCCCACAUCUGUCUACACCCCACGCCACAGGGGAGGGAGCGUGAGAUGCUUCUGGCCGCCCAACCUGUGUGUUCACCGAUAGUUGGCAGGGGGUGGGGGCUGCAGUAUUGGGAUGUCACUUUUUUAAAAAAUUCAACUUGAAGAUGUGUAUUUCCCCCGACCUUCAAAAAGUGUUCUGAGGCAAACCCUGUAAAGGUCAUACCACCGUCGCCAAAGCCUCCGUUUUUAACGACCCUCAACACGAUCCAUUUAGAGGCCAAAUGGCAUUUUGCGUGUGCCUUUCCGAUGGAUUAAAGGUGCUUAUGUUUUUAUGAGUUUUAAGUAAAUAUUUGUAAUGUAUUGUUAUAAAUGUUAAGUGUGCCUGACUUUCAAUCAUGCAUGGAAUCCCAG